AUGGCGGACCCACAAGGCACAGCAGGAAGCGACGCAACCGCUUUCCCUGCAGUCGCCACUGGUCCAGACAUCGUGACCCUGUUGUGCACCCAACCAGUGCAUUGCUGUUGGCGCCAUCAGGAAGAAGUAGAGACGGCUCUGGGUCUAGAAAAAAACGCUAUUAGCGUUUUUUAUCAGGGGCUAGGGGGGAGGGGUAGUGGGGCGACCAAGGGGAAAAGGAUACAAGACCAACUGGAGAAGGCCGGUGUUUUCCGCAGCCAGGGGGACACCAAGCCGCACAGGGUUUGGUGGUUGGCUUUUAGGGGGAAGGACGCGACACGACCCAGGUUUGAGGACAGAGGAGAAGAUAACUUGUGCGUGCCGGCUGGGAGCGGUGCUGAAGAACACCGUGGGACCCCUAGAGAUACCAACCCGGCCGUUGGCGCGACGACAGCACAGGAGGGGGGGGGGAGUAGUACAGUAACGCCAGACGAACAAGAGGAACAAGAGCUUCCGGAGAAAAAGAAACGGAGCGACGCGAUGCACGCGAUGGUGUCCACUCCAACAUGGGGGUACUUCUUGAACUUGUUCGAGUUGUCAAGACUCCUAGAUCUGCCAGCGGAUGAUCUUCGCGCCGUGCUGCAGCCUCCAUGUGCCCGAAAUUCUACGAUCGAGCAUGAACUGUUCCUCUCGACGUUCGGCAUUUCCCGGGGGUGGCAUGCCGGGAAUCCCGCCUGGCAUUUGCUGGGAUGUGGGCACGUCGUCGCGCUAGGGGAAGAUGCGUGCAUGGAACUCCUGAGCAGGCCACCCCAGCCCUUUUUUUGGAGUGCGAUGAAGCGGAGAGAACCAAACACCGGUAUUCCCUGGACUGUCGGCUGCGAGGCAGAGACACCUUUACUCCUAGAAGCACAUCGCCUCACUCUAGAUAUAGAGAGGUCCCUGCAGUGUAGAAACUGCAAACCAAACUGCCCGAUCAAUGGGCCACGUCAUAGUUGGGAGUUCAUGCGGUGCGAGUCCGAGGCGACGGAAAUCCUAGGGGUAGACGCCGAGCUCAAAGUCAACUUUGAGUGCGUCAAUUGCCACUCGAUACACCUUGGGGUGCCUUUGCCUGCGAAGGGGUUGGGUUAUGAAGUCCAAUCGUGGUCGAUGGCGGAUGAGGUUGUGCGUGGGACUUUUGAUAGUAUCUCCAGUUGGCUUCGGGUACGUGCAGGGCCGUCAAGCGCAACACGUGGUGGACGGCGGCAGAGACAGCCUGCGCCGCCGGAGAAGGCCGCGGCGCCUGGGCCGUCAAGCGCAACACGUGGUCGACGGCAGCAGAGGCACACCAGGAAACCUGCCAGAUUUGCGAACGCGCAUGUGGGGUCCAGUGAUGACAGCGAGGUUCCCGAGAGCAGGGAAUCAGCUGACUCAAAUAGUAGUAGCGACGAUGGGAGCGAGCCUUGA